GUGUCCUGGAUAAUCUGAGCGUGUACCUGCAGGCUGCUCUCAGGCUGAUCCUCUGCAGAACACGCCCUCAUAAAAAAGGUAGAGACACCGUGCUGCUUACCUGAAAGAAAAGAGCCCCAAUGCUCCCCUUGGGGUUCACACCACCGAACACCUACCAAAUGAAAUCAAAACAAGUUUGGAUUAUCCCGAGGAACUGUAUUCAAGUCUGCAGCUGGGAGCUCCUGGACACCCAGCAGGAUUCGAGAGAGAAGUAAGGCUGGUUGUUGCAACAGCAGAGCGUUCACCCACCGGCUGGGCUGAGCACCAUGAGUAGAAAGGCACGGCGCUGGAUUUUCCAUUUCUUUCUUUGCCUUGGAGUACUGUAUCUGAAGAUCGGGGGCCUGUCGUCGGUGGUUGCUCUGGGAGCGAGCAUCAUCUGUAAUAAAAUCCCCGGCUUGGCCCCCCGUCAGAGGACUAUCUGUCAGAGCCGACCCGACGCGAUCAUAGUGAUCGGAGAGGGAGUUCAGAUGGGCAUCAGCGAGUGUCAGUUUCAGUUUAGACACGGACGCUGGAAUUGCUCGGCCCUGGCAGAAAGGACCGUGUUCGGGAAAGAGCUCAAAGUGGGCAGCAAGGAGGCUGCCUUCACCUACGCUAUCAUUUCUGCCGGGGUCGCCCAUGCAGUCACUGCGGCCUGCACCCAGGGGAGCCUAAGCGGCUGCGGCUGCGACAAGGAGAAACAGGGUUUUUACAACCAGGAGGAGGGCUGGAAGUGGGGUGGCUGCUCUGCAGACGUCAACUACGGCCUGGGUUUCUCAAAGGUGUUUGUGGACGCACGGGAGAUCAAGCAGAAUGCCAGGACUCUUAUGAAUUUACAUAACAACGAAGUGGGACGCAAGGUCCUGGAGAAGGGCAUGCGUCUGGAGUGCAAGUGUCAUGGUGUGUCAGGAUCCUGCACCACCAAGACAUGCUGGACGACGCUCCCCAUGUUCCGUCAGCUGGGAUACAUCCUCAAGGACAAGUACAACCAGGCUGUGCACGUGGAACCAGUACGAGCCAGCCGCAACAAGCGCCCCACCUUCCUUAAGGUCAAGAAACCCCACUCAUACCGCAAGCCUAUGGACACAGAGCUGGUCUACAUUGAGAGGUCACCCAACUACUGUGAGGCUGACCCUCUGACUGGCAGCAUGGGAACACAGGGCCGCCUGUGCAACAAAACGACUCAGCAGCCCAACAGCUGCGACUUGAUGUGUUGCGGUCGGGGAUAUAACACACACCAGUACUCACGCGUUUGGCAGUGCAACUGCAAGUUCCUGUGGUGCUGCUAUGUGAAAUGCAACACCUGCAGUGAGAGGACAGAGGUUUAUACCUGUAAAUAGAAAUAUUUAUUGGAUGUUUAUUUAGACGUACAGCUACACUGGACUGUGUGUGAAUAUGUUUCAGAAUAAGGUGUCUUUCUGGCUGGUACAUGCAUGAAGAGUAUCAGCCUUUCUGUCUUGGCAUUACAACAAUCAGGACAGCCGGUUCCUCCAAUGUGUGUUGAUUCUACUGAUGCCAAUGGACGUCUGCCAUGACACUGGACUCAAGCUAUGGGCUCAUAAAUUAUUUUUUUUAUUUUUCAAUUUAAAUGCCAUUUCCUGCCCCACACUUGACUUCUCUGCAGACCAUAAUGGUCUACUAUCAUGAAUCACUUCAAAUAGUGAUAGUUUUUUUUUUAUAAUAUUAAUAACAAUCAUAAUUUAUUAAAGGGAAAAACUACUGAAGAUUUUGAAAUUUCACUGACAAUUCACUGUAGAUUUUGAAAAUUCACUGUAGACUAAUUCUUGUAAAUUGGUGAAAAGCUAAACAAGUUCUCUUUUCUUAACAAGACAACUUACUCACUGGUGCUGAGAACUGAAACAGUCUGAACAAAACUGAACUUGACUGACCGUCAUAUUUGGAAGCCUGCAGUUUAUGUUCAGUAUGCCUAGCGGAAUAAUAUUAAACUACUGUUCCGGGGCCUGCAUGAUACGAUCGGUUUCUACUUGUUUCUAUGCCCCGUCCCCAAAGUUUGCUGCUGGCUGUCUGGAAAGUUCCAGAGCUUGUGACUGAGGAGCCAUAUUGACUACUCAAUUUAACAUCCCUGUGAGCUUCCAACAUAAAUUCCCCCGAAUAUAUAAGAUAUAUUUUGUAAGAGAUUAUUUUUAUAUUAUUCUGUUUUUAAUUUAUUUUCUAUUUUGAUGUAAGCUAUUUUCUCUUAGCAUUUAUAAAUGUUUAGUUAAAGUGUUUACCUCUAAAACACUGUUCUAAAAAUUUGCCUUUUUAUUUAGCAGAACAUCAUAAUGUUUUAAUGAAAUGCUGCAUUGUGAUUUGUAACUCAUUUCCAGAAAAUUUGCUUUAUUACCAAUAGAGAGCCAAAGUCCUGAUGUCACCUCCAGGCUAGCCCCUG